AUGCCUAAUUUAUUUGAAAUUAGUGAUGAUGAACUAGUAGUAAAUGAUGGUUAUGAUUCUGAUAAAGAUCCAGAUUAUUGUCUGCUUCAGCCACUUCAGGCUUCAAAUAAUGAUACAUUUAUUGAAAACUCGCAUAAUAGUUCAACCUCAUCUGAAUAUAUUAGGUAUAAUGAUCAGUUAAAUCUUGAUCAAUAUUUUCCUAUUACCAAUGAAGAGAAUCUGAAUACCUUUGAAAGCAAAAUUCUAAACAACAAAGAUUUUAAAUCAAAUUUGCCGCCGCCGCGGCGAUAUGAAAUUCAACGCCAUCUCUUGAGCGUUGUAUACGUUUCACUUUUACCAGAACGGCCUCUUAAAGAUGUUGGAGAUAGCAUAAGAAGAAUUAUGUCAAAAAUGUUCUCCGAUGAAUUUCUCUGUGCAUAUUCACUUGAAGGUUUUAAAAAGAAGAAAAGUUUUAUCAAAUUAGGAAGUUACAGUAUAUUAAUUGAUUCCUUAAGAAUUCAUCCUAAGUAUAAAUCAAUUGUUGAAAAAGAAUUACAUAGCCCAUUAGCAGUUUGGUUGGCGCAUGCCAAAUAUCGCCUUGCAAAUAAAAAUGAAAACUAAUUUUCUAAUACUAUAAUUUGUAUACUGCUGUAAUUUAAA